AUGAUGAGAAACCCUCUUAUGGCGGCUCUGGUAUGCGGCGUCGUAGCUAUUGCAAUCUGGCUUGCCCGACUGCGUAGUCCAUCCUUGCCGCUGCCUAUCAUCAGCAAUCCCGAUCACCAGAACACCAUUGCCCAUAUCUGCGACGUAUACCGGGACUACCUGUCCUUUAGCUCGGCGACGCAGGUCCAAACGCUGUACGAGGCCUUGGGCUUGGACGCGGUUCGGAAUCCGGGUGUUGCGGACGUCUGGCUGGCGCUGCGGGACCGCGUCGAGGGAAAUUACUACGCAAACGGAGCUCCCCUGGACGACGACGACGACGGCCCCUCCGUCGGCUUGCUGCAUGGACAUGACAAGGGGGACUUGCGGGACGAUGGCGACGGUGAGCCACGACGACUUCCACCUCCGCCGCCCCCGGCGCCUCAGGCCACCGACGUUUGGGCGCAGAUUGGCAACGUUUUGAUCGACAGCAAGCUGCGCACCACCUACGACCAGGCCUUUAUGCCCGUUCUGACGGGACUAGGGGUCGAUCGGACGGCAGCACUGAGCAGGACGUGUCGGUGGAAUGAAGAGCAAUGA